GGCUCGUGGACCGAAAAAGCAUUUGAAGCGUCUUAACGCGCCUAAAGCAUGGAUGUUAGAUAAACUUGGGGGUGUAUAUGCUCCACGUCCAUCUACGGGACCUCAUAAAUUAAGAGAAUCUCUUCCUCUUGUUAUUUUUCUUCGCAAUAGGUUGAAAUAUGCGUUGACUAAUUGUGAAGUAACAAAAAUUGUAAUGCAACGUCUGAUUAAAGUUGAUGGCAAGGUUAGAACUGACCCCAACUAUCCUGCAGGUUUCAUGGAUGUUAUUACCAUUAAUAAGACUGGUGAAUAUUUUCGAUUGAUUUAUGACGUUAAGGGACGAUUUACCACCCAUAGAAUUACAGCAGAAGAGGCCAAGUACAAAUUGUGUAAGGUAAAACGUGUUCAAACUGGACCGAAAGGUAUUCCAUUCCUGGUAACGCACGAUGGAAGAACUAUUCGUUAUCCAGAUCCUUUAAUUAAAGUUAAUGACACCAUUCAUUUAGAUAUAGCAACAGGCAAAAUCUUGGAUUCUAUUCGAUUUGAUUCAGGUAAUCUCUGUAUGAUUACCGGUGGAAGAAAUUUAGGACGUGUAGGCACAGUUGUUAGCCGCGAGCGUCAUCCCGGUUCCUUUGAUAUUUGCCACAUUAAAGACUCACAAGGGCAUACUUUUGCCACAAGGUUGAACAACGUUUUUAUCAUUGGCAAGGGUACAAAGCCGUAUAUUAGCUUGCCAAGAGAUAAAGGUGUUAAGCUUUCGAUUGCUGAAGAGCGCGACAAGAGGUUAGCAGCAAAGGGGGUGAAUUAAUGUACAUUUGCAAGAAAAUAUUCAAUAAACCGAGAAUUUCUUGGUGAAUA